GGUAGCGUUUUCGUCGUGGCGUGGUGAGAAUGCAUCAAUUCAAUGCUGAUUGUUUUUUUCAGGCUGUUGUUUUUCCCGAAACAUUAAUACAUUUGAUUAGGAUCUCAAUAAUAAGCUUCCCUAUGUUAUCUUUGGCCCUGGUAGUAUAAGUGUAGCUUGAGGAGGAUUAGCCGCCUGUAAAGCGACACUCGGGGAAAACUGAAGAUGUAUUCACGCAUGCGCGUUGAAUGUGCCAAUAAGCGUUCGAAAACAACAGCGCGAAAACUUGUCCAGGUCGCGACUUUAUUCGUAAACACGUGUUAUAAGUUCGUGCAUUGACGGGUUAUGACUUGUUUUAGAGGAAGGUCUUAAUUUUGACAACAAGAAAACCGUUUUUGUUAAUUGUUGCUUCAACAGCGUCGACUCAUUCAGUGUUAUGUCAGAUUAGCUAGCUAGCCAGGCGCUGUUACGUCACGUUACGUCACCUACGUCACGUUACGUUACGUUACGCUGCAUUCGUCAUGAAGCCCGCUAGAGGCUCUCACCGGGCCGCGUCAAAAGCUCCUAACUCAAAAAGCAAGAAGAAAACAGAUCAGACACCAGAGCAUCAGGACCCCCAGCACAGUGACAACAACCAUGGCAAGCGCACCCAACCAAAAGCAGCACAGAAGAGGAAAGCUGAAGCCUCAUCUUCAGCACCCUAUAAAGUAAAAGAUGAGGACAAGUGGAAGCAGAUGCCAGUAUCCUCCAUCAAUGCUCUGGAGAACAUAAUGGACUUGUCAAUACUAGCAACUCUUGCUUUGAGGCGGAAAGAGAAGAAAGAGAGCCAGGAACAUCUGAACAUAAUGAAAACCAGGUUUCUUGCUCAAUGUGCAGAGCUCAAAGUUCCAGUGCAAAAACGAAAUGAUUCAGAGCAAUCAUUUCAACGCCACCAGGAGGAGGCCAAGAAGUCAGUGGUUGGAAAGACGACUCUGAGCACUCUGGAGGAAGACUUGAGGGCUGUGGUCCGUGCUCUGGAGAAGACAGACGAGCAGACCGUCUCUUUGCAGCACACAUGCAGUAUGCUGAGGGACCAGGUGGAGGAGGAGGAGGAGAAAGCUAAAGAGAUUUUACAUAUAGCUGAUAAAGCACAUCUCAAUCUUCCCCCUCUUCCUCCACAAAAAGAUGAAACAACAUUAGAGGCUCGAUUGAGAAAAAUUAUACCAGACAGUGAGUCUGAGACCACUGCCCGAAAACUGGGAGAAAUCCUGCAGAAAUCAGAGGGCGUUCAGGACGCCCAGGCGCUGCUUCUACAGGCACACAAACAUGCCGAUCAGCUCUUCAACCCUAGCUUCACCCAAUAAGUGCUGCACCUUGUUCA